AAUCUUUCGCGGGGAAGGAAAUCGUUAAGUGCUCUUCAAUUGGGAGGUAACCGGUGUAAAUAAACAAAAGUUGCUAACGAAAAAAAUGGAGAAUGAAACUGCAAUCGAGAGGUCAAUCAAGGAGUUUGUAUAUUCAAAGAUACAAGAACAAGUGUAUCUGGAUGUUUCAAAGAGCAACACAAUCACAGUGAAACACCAGUCGAAGCAUGGCUCUAUAGCACUGGCAAUGUUUUGGUUGCGUGUUUUGAGACAUCAGAAUAACUAUCCAAUGCCAAAGUAUCCGUACAAACAACUCUAUGAUAAGAAUGGAAGUAACAAGGUAAUCUUGAAAGUUGACAGUGUAACUCUCACAACAUUUAACAGCACUGGCACACUGAUGAUCCAGGGACAUUUUGUCCUAGAGUGGUUUGUGAAUGUGUUUCCAACUAUAAUCUUGGCUUAUGAUGCCCCUAUCAAGGACCCUCAGCGAAUAAGCACAGCUUAUUCACAAUAUACUGAAAGUUGGAAGCAGUUGACGGAAGACGACAGGGUUAAAAAAGCAUUAGAAGAUAAAGAAAUAAAAGAGAGGGAAGAUCAUGCUAUACAGGUUGCUGAUACUCUGGAUACAGUUCUAGAUACAGUCAAUGCAGAGGUGGAGAAAUAUGACACACAAAGUACUGUAGUCUCACAAACAGAUACUACUGGUUUGGCUGAGAGACUGAAGGUGGCACAGGACACGGUGGCAAACCAGCUUGCUGAAGAGCUCAAACUUAUGUCUCUUGAUGUUUGGUCAGGAGAUACGUUACAAGAACAGCUUGACAAUAUACGCACAGGUUGUGUGCGGGAUGGCGCCACUUUCAUCUACAAACUCUGGAAAUCUGUACUUCACCAUUGGUUUAGUGAUCCUGAUCGUAAAAUCUACAUAGUAACACCAUUCCUGGAUGCUUCCCGGCUUGUUGACGUCUGCAACAUCAUACUUGAACAUCGUUUGGAAGCAGAUCUAGAUGCAUUUUACGUACGACAGAAGUGCGACUAUACCAGAGAUAUAUUUGAAGUAAAGCAGAAUGCAUUAGAAAAAUAUGAUGCAAAGGACCAAAUGUUUAUAGAAUACAAAAUAUUUUCCAAUAUCAUCUACCCGCUUAAAAGAUUUCAUGCAAAAUUUAUAGGUUGUAUCAAAGGAAAUGAAGCAGAAGUAUUGAUCACAAGUGCCAAUUUCCAUGGCGACCAUUUUGAAUAUAGCAACAUGGACAGUGUACAGUAUCAGACAAUGUCUGAUGUAGAAUUUAUAUCUCAGUUUCUACAGCCAAUCAAUGCAUCUGUCCUGGAGAGGAAAUAGCUUGCUGCCUUAUAGAUAGACCAAGGCAACUUUGAAUUUCCUCUUGGUGACAUUGGCUUAAUAUUGGAAGAAGGGUAUUUCAUGCAUUUGAAGCUACUUUUCAGGGGAAAAUUACAUUCUUAAAUGUUUAGUUUCAUAUUAUAUAUAAUAAAUGUGUGUUAGUUAAGUGACUGUUUUCACAAAAAUGAGUUGCAUUCAUGUUUACUAAGUUUAGUAUUACACAUUGAACACUUGUUAUAGUUAUGGAAAUAUAUUUUGUUAUUGCAAACAUGUGUAGUCACGAAUAGAUAGUAAUCAGCAGUAACAAGCAAGAAAAAAGUUGAAAAAGUGUGCUGAAACAAAUAUGUCCUUUUACGAGAAAUCCUAAUGUCUGCAGUAGUAUAUGUAAAAAUGUUAGCACUCUAAAUUAUUAAAACACCAUUGUUUAUGGGUCCAUUCUUGCUUAAUUACUAUAUUGAAUGACACCGCAAACCUUUACUUACACAAUCACCAAAGUGUCUAUAAUUUGGUAUGGAUCACAUGUUAAAGUGAGAAUAGGUAGAAAAUAUUAUAGCCAUCACAAUCAGUUUUCAAAUUUCUUAAGAAUGAACUGUCUGAAUAAAUGUGUUAAAUAAGGACCAGUUUGCAACUGGAGUGCACAUGAUCUUAAUUUGUUGUUAUUCAAAGAUCUCCCAGAAAAGAGUAAAAUUUGAGUUGAAAAAAGAGGGGUAAAAUUAGCUUAUUUUGAGCUCAACUAUAUAAAGUAUAUGGAGAGCUAUCCUACUCACCCCGGCGUCAGCAUCGGUGUCUUUCCACAUCUCCACCUUGGUUAAAGUUUUUAUGCACUUUCUCUUUUUUCUGCUUACCUCUGUAAUUACUUGAUGGAUUUGCUUUAAACUUAAAAUAGUUAUUCCUCAUCAUCACCAACAUCAUCUGGCAUAAGGGCCAUAAAUCUCAUACCAAUAUUUCAUGAAUUAUCCCCCUUUUUUACUUAGAAUUUCAGUUUAAUGUUGGUGCACCUUUAACUUUAUCUGUGUUAUUACUUAAUAAACUUAAAAUAGUUCUUCCACAUUGUCGUCCUCAUCAUAUGACACAAGGUCCAUAAUUUUGGCACAAAUAUUUAGUGACUUAUGUCCCUUUUUACUCAGAAUCUCAGUUUAAUUUUGAUGCUUUAUCACUAUAUUUCUGUUGUUACUAAAUGGAUUUUAUUCAAACUUAAAACAGUGGUACCGCACGGUCACCAACAUCAUAUGACACAAUGUUCAUGAUGCUGGCACCAAAGUGCUGAGUUAUACCCCCUUUUUACUAGAAUUUCAGGUUCAAGAUGCACGUCUGUUCUAUCUCACUUAUUUGAUUAAAACUUCAAAUAGUUACUCCACAUUAUUAGCCAAAUGGUAUUACACAAUGUCCUGGUACAUUACUUUUGCAGAAUUAUACUUAUUUAAUGUUUUGAUACACUUCCCUAUCCCUGUUAGACAAAGACUGUUACAUUUGACACAGACUUAAGCUUUUGUCCAAUAUAUUCAUCCACAUUGGAGUAAUUAAACACUUCAAUGACAGCUCCAGCUUCCUCACAUGUGCCUAGUUUCACUAUCCUGCAUUGAAAUAGUGGAGCACGCUGUCUCCUGUGACAGCUCUUGUUUCAAAUAGUGUUAGUUGAGAUUUAUUUAAGAGGUAAUAAAAUGAUGAGCAUUCUGUAUUUUGAAGUUUUUUUCUGGGGGUAUGUAUCACUAAACUGAUAGUUUUCAGUAAAAAGCAUUUUGUUUCGACAAAUAUUUUGUACAUUAUUUCAGCAAAAUUUCAUUUUAAACCUAUAUAUGCUUAUAAUACAGAUGUAUGUGACAUUAUUAGUAGUUAUAAGAAAAUAAAACAAUGGACUGUUACACUGUGCUUUUAGAUAACAUUACUAGAUUGAGAGCAUUUCAAUACUUAAAAAGUAUAUUCUGGUUAACUUACAUUUUUUGACAAACUUUCCUAGAUGAUACCUUUACUUGGUACCAGUCAUUGUAAACAAUGUCUUGCUUUAAAUAGUUUCUCAUGUACUAAAUACAAAAAGAUUUUGUUUAUUCAGCACAUACACAAUACACGUAUUUGAAAAGUUAAAAGAUGUUCUUAAGGUGAAAAACCUUUUUGGCAUUUGUGUACCACAUGAUUUAGUUCCCUUACCAGAAAUAAAGAUUGUUUGUAGAGUGAGUCAUAUAUUUCCGGGUUAAAUCAAAGUAAUUUAAAGUCCUGACAUCCAUGUACUUGGAGCAUUCACAUUUUUAUGUGUUUAUUGCCUCGCCUGUGCUGAUGGUUAAGUUUUAAAUUUUAUAUGUUUUGUGAGAUAGUUCAUUAUGUUAGUAGAUAGUAUAUCAUUUGAAAUUCAUGUUUUUCACAUGUAUUUGUGAGUUGGUUUUUUAGAUGUCUUUGUUAUUACAGGAAGUAUAACUUGUUAAGAUUGAAAUUUGGAAGACCUUAUCUUGUUUUUUAGCUCGACAUUUCGAAGAAAAGGGGAGCUAUCCUACUCGCGUCGGCGUGAGCGUGAGCAUCACACAAAUGUUAAAGUUUGCGUACCACCCCAAAUAUUUUCAAAGUCCAUUGAGAUAUUGCUUUCAUAUUUUGCAUACUUGGUUACCAACAUGACCCCAGUCUGUAAAAAGGAGGAGGCAACUCUAUCAAGCAUUUUGACUGAAUUAUGGCCUCUUUUCGACUUAGAAUAAAUGUUGAAGUUUGCGUACCACCCCAAAUAUUUUCAAAGUCCAUUGAGAUAUUGCUUUCAUAUUUUGCAUACUUGUUUACCAUCAUGACCCCAGUCUGUAAAAAGGAGGAGGCAACUCUAUCAAGCAUUUUGACUGAAUUAUGGCCCCUUUUCGACUUAGAAUAUGCUUAUUGUAAUGUUAAGGUUUUAUUCAUUGCUUAUAUUAUACUAUCAAGCACUGAGAAUAGUCGAGCGCGCUCUCCACUGACAGCUCUUGUUUCAAUAGGCAGGUAUCUGUUAAUGGUUUGUAAUAUGUAUACAAAAUAAUAGACUGUGAUAUUUUAUACAAUAAUCCAUCCAUAUACCCAUACAGAACUUUUCAUUUGCUUAUAUUUAGUGAAUUUUGUCCAAGGUGUUGAUGCUCAUGUAAGUCACUGAGAAUGAAUUGGAAAUUAGUUACCAAACAAAAAACUACUUUUAACAAAACAUUUGAAAAAAAGAGACAAAUGUUUUAAAGAUGUCCGUUGAAGUAUUUGCACUACUACUUACAGGUAUGAAGGUAGGAUUGUGAAUUAUUAUUGUUACGCAAUUUUUUAAGUUUGCUGGCCUAAUAUGGUAUUGAUCUACUAGGAUCAUAAAUACAGAGUUGUGUUAGGCUAGUACAUUCUUCGAUUAAUUUUUCAUUUUUAUUAUACGCCCGUCUCUGAAAGAGUGGGGCGUAUUAUGUGAACAACCGUGGUGGGCGGGCGGCGUCCAACAGCAUGUCCGCUCUCUAAGUCAAAAAGUUUUCAUCCAAUCUACACUAAACUUGGUGACAAUGUUUGUGGGCAUAAUAUCUCGGCCUAGUUUGAUAACCAGCAAAAUCGCCCCAGGCAGUCUUGAGUUAUGGCCCUUGAAUUACUCGAAAUCUGCAAAUUUAGCCUUGUCCGCCCUCUUAGUCAAACAGUUUUCAUCCGAUCUUCACCAAACUUGGUGACAAUGUUGUGGGCAUAAUAUCUCAGCCAAGUUCGAUAACCAGCAAAAUCGCCUCAGGCAGUCUUGAGUUAUGGCCCUUGAAUUACUCUAAAUCUGCAAAUUUAGCCUUCUCCGCCCUCUAAGUCAAACAGUUUUCAUCCGAUCUUCACCAAACUUGGUGACAAUGUUUAUGGGUAUAAUAUCUCAGCCAAGUUCGAUAACCAGCCAAAUCGCCUCAGGCACUCUUGGAUAAUGGCCCUUGAAUUACUCCAAAAACUUCGAAUUUAGCCUUGUCCGCAAAUGUUCCACAAACUCGCAGAUAAUGUUUGUGGGCAUAAUAUCUCAGCCAAGUUCUAUAACCAGCCAAAUCCCCCCCCCCCAGGCACUUUUGGAUUAUGGCCCUUGAAUUAUUCAAAAUCUGCAAAUUUAGCCUUGUCCGCUCCCUAAGUCAAAACAGUUUUCAUCCGAUCUUUCACAAACUCGCAGAUAAUGUUUGUGGGCAUAAUAUCUCAGUCAAGUUCGAUAACCAGCCAAAUCCCCUUAGGCACUUUUGGAUUAUGGCCCUUGAAUUACUCAAAAUCUGCAAAUUUAGCCUUGUUCGCUCUCUAAGUCGAACAGUUUUCAUCCGUUCUUCACCAAACUUGUUGACAAUGUUUGUGAGCAUAAUAUCUCGGCCAAGUUAGAUAACCAGCCGUCUUGGUUAUGGCCCUUGAAUUAGGCCAAGUUCGAUGACGGGCAUAUUUUGUGACAGUCUGCCACUCUUGUUUGAAACUGGAUAAAAAUCAAACACCUUGAAAGCAUUUUGUUCACUUAACAAUAC